CCUCAGGCACGCGCAGCCGGGAAACCGCACGCGCGGGCGUAGCGGGUGAGGGCGUGGAAUGAGGAGGAGGAGGAGAGAAGGCAGGAGGAGAAGUGAAAAUGAUGGCGACCGAUGCAGAGGAGAUAAGAGCUCAAACAAGCCCCUGUCACAACCCCGACUACACCCUCAGCCCCCUGUCCAUCAAAAUUACGCGGAAAAACCAGGACAGACACUGGAGGUUGCGGUGCAUUUAUCUUCAGUGCUACUUUUUGACCAUUGCUACAAUACUAGGAACUGGAAUUUUAGGUCUUCCAGUCACCAUAUCACAUGCUGGACUGGUGCCCUUCCUGAUCUCCUUCCUUGUUGGCUUCUUUGUUCAGGCCUUGCUCGUUUACCUGUUUGUGGAACUUCUCCAGAAAUGUCAAGUGGUUCAGCUGGAAUUUCUAAAGACAGGUGUUGCAGAGUGUAUUGUAAUGGAUCAGGUGAGCACGGAAAAUCAGAUAGCCACAGAAGAAGAGGAGGAAGAAGAAGAGGCUGAAAAUGCAGAAGCAGAUACUGGUUUACUACAGUCCAGUGCUCCAGCUCUGUAUGACCAAGCUGAGAACCUGCAACCCAAUCUUCAUCUGCUUGGCUGCCUUUUCCUCUCCCGGCCCAUGAGCCACGCUUUCAACUGCAUUCUCCUCUUCCAGUUUAUUUCAAUUGGAAUAAGUUAUGUGCUGGCUGGCAGCGAAGCCUAUGCUGCUCUUCUUGAUAUCAGACACGUUUAUGUGAUCCCAGCCUUCACCUGGAUUCUAACCCUGGCCAUCCUACUUGCCCACACAAUCAUUCAGCCAAUCACUUCGUUGCUCACCCUCCUGAAGGGAAUUCUGCUCAUUGUUACGGUGGCGGUGACAUUUGCAGUGGGCUCUGAGGUCGGCCUCCAGAGCAGGAGUGACUUCAGUCAGAUGGGGAAACCUUUCCUAAUGGGCACUGUAGCUCUAGGGGGGAUUGUAAAUGUGAUGCCUCUGCUCUUCUCUCAAAUCUCACACAACAAAAUACAGAUCCUGUGGUUUCGGAGAGCUGUGCUUGGAGGUCUGACAACCUGUAUGGUCCUCAAUAUUCUCUGGUGCUGGGCAGUGCUCGAGAUUGUCCCACAGACAUCAUUACCAGAGAGGAGGAUGGCUGCUGAAACAACAACCCGGCCCACCUCCAGCAGUCCCUCUGCUCCUCCUUCCUCAACCUUCCCUCUGCUGUUCUCCAACAUCUCAUUGGAGGAAUCUGAAAAAGCUGGAGAGAUAGCAACCAUUCCACUUACAAAGAUCAUUAUUGAACGUUACAGGGCCUAUUCCUGGGUGGCCGAGUUGAUUCAGGUGUUUAUCGCCAUCAGCGUCACUGUGUCCUUCCUGGUGAUGGGAUCUGCUAUGAAACACACCAUUGAUGGUCUGGUCAGCUAUCUGUGGAGCAGCCGACUGGAGUGGCUCUCUAAAGCCUGGGAGAGAAACUCACCAAACAAGCAUAACAAUUGCUCAGCAAGAAGUUUAGUCAAACUUGGAUUUUCUCUGCUUGGAUUUGGGAUCAUUUUCAUUGUGUCAGUGUGUGAUCCCAGGAGUUUUGUUGUCAUGUUGGACAAAGUUGUCUCAUUUUCCCUCAACACUGAAGUGGGACUGUUUGUCUUCAUCAUGCUGAGGGAGUCCAGAGAAGACAGAUUCCAGCACCUCACAGUUCCUCUGCCAGUGGGUGACUGCGUGUUCAGCCUUACCUGGCUGCUGCCCACAUACUUCCUGUUUGCAGUAACCUACGAUGUCCUGCAGACUCUGGCAGAUGUGGCCCAUUACCUGCCUUACUACAGCCAUGAUCAGGAGUUGCACAUAUACAACGUGACUGGGAGCUUCACAGGAGCAAAUCUCUCCACCUUUCUCUGAUCUCCAAACAGAACGGCAGAGCAGUUUAUCAAGUGCUUUGAUCUUGUAGUCCCUUUUAACAAGUUUUUGAUUGCAUUUUAAGCAACAAUUUAGCAUUUUUGAUAAAUGUUUGAUUUUCAUCGCACUUUACUUUCACUAAUCUACUUAUGAAUUUAGCAUGGCCUAUGGGAAAAUAACAUCAUGAUUGUUUUCCCUGUUUCUACUCUAGCUACAGUGGGAUGACCCAGGGCCUCGUGUACAAAGGCUUGCAUGGAUUUUCUGCUGAGUCAUGGAGUAAACACACGAAUCCAUGCAUAUUUCUUUGAUAUAUCCUGAUCAAUAUGAAUCUGAAAGCACAUGACUGGUUUAAUAUGUAAAUAGAUGUUAAUAUGCCCUACUUCUCCACAAUCAACAAUUGUGUGGCUGCAGGAAGAAAAGAAACGUCAAGAAAUAAGAGUUGGAGACAUUCCUAAAUGAGCUGGAGGCACAAAGAAAUAUUUUGCUUGACAUGCUGGCCUCUGAGGGCCGUAAGUCCAAGAUAAGAUAAGUGAGGGGAACUGCAUUUGUGAAGUUGUCAAUGCUGUGGGGUCAGAGCAUUUGUAGAAGUAAAGACUGCUGGCCGUCACAGCUAUACCAUGUCAGCUUUCAGUCUGUUUCCAACCAUGUUGUUCAUCAGAAUGACUUGAACUAGGCCUGCUCGCAGCAAUGUUGGUUAGUUGCAUUUGUGCUUCACAUGUACUAUAGUGCACAAGUAAAACUCAUGUAAGUGCAUCCAUGUGGAGGUAUUAUUGUUGACAGAAUGUCUCAGCUGUGUGCAGUCAUUGUUUCCGGACCAUCAACAGUUUCCCAGCAUGGUCGCUUCAUUAUUGAUACAUCUGAUGUUUAGUAUGGAAAGUGCCGUUUGCUACUUUGUUGAGUGUAGGCACUCUUUGUACAUAAGGCCCCAGGUCCUGCUAACUAUAAAUGGCUCCUGACUUUACCAAACUGGAAUUAUCUGGUGCAGGAUUUCUCCUGACCUUGUUGCCAAACGUUGAGUAAUACAGUAUAUGUGCAUUUUUAACAGAUAUUUUCCAAGGACUGCAAAUAACGAAUGACUGAGCUUUAUUCAGAUAAAGGGACUGACCUAAAACUUCUGUUCAAUGUCAGUUUUGGGCCAUGUUGACUUUCCAGGGUACUGUUUAAGGUCCAUCAGACAUUUUAGUCACAGCUUUAUACCUUUUUAGUGUGGCAUCAUCUAUCAUUGAUAAUAUAAAGAUUUUCAUUUGAAUUGAUUGAGAUUAAAAAAGUGCUAAUACACACACAGUGAUGAAACGACUGGUCUGAUCUAGCUCUAAAGUGGUUCUCAUGUAGACCAGCCAUGGUGACGGAGAUCAUGUAAUCAUUGUGGUUUUGCAUUGCCCCUGGUGGUUGUAUCGAUGCCUGGGAUUUCUAAUGUUUAUAUUAUAAUGAUGUUGCUGUAAUUAUUUUAUUUGCUUAGGCUAUACGGAAAUUCCUGUUAUGUAAAGAUAAACAAGCAAGGCUAAUAUUGACCGCAUGCGUGUUCACAGUUUGAAUAAGUCAGUUUAAGCUUUGUCUCUCUCUGUCCUCUCAGUGCAGCCAGCUUUAUUUCUAAUGACAGGCGUGCACCGCUGCGCUCUGAAACACAUUGUUUUCAGCUAGCAGGUUUUCCUCCAGGAUUGCUCUGCCCUCCAUACAUCAUUGCAGGUUGUAACUAUCGUGUUUUGGCUUGGGGGUGGUGUGUCCAGUUGGAUGUGCAGUGUUAGAUUCCCAUCUCACAAAGACAAUUAAGAUCGGUUUUGUUUUCAUCUGAUCGAAACAUCUUCUUCCAUGUCUGCUGUGUCCCCCUGUAUUUAAAAACUUUAAAUUAGACUUCUCUUCCUCCCACUCUCGCAGAAAGGCCAGAUUUGUGGAGCGCACAACUAAUAGUUGUCCUGCAAGAUUUUCCCACCUGAGCUGUUGAUCUCUGCAGCUCCUCCAUAAUUAACACAUUCCUCUUGGCUGCUUCCCCGAUUAUUACCCGGCCACGUCUUGGUAGGUUUGUAGUGCUGCCUUACCCUUUUUCUUUCCACUUCACAGUUAUGCUCUGCUUUGACUGUCCAUCACAUACAGUAAAAUACCCUUUAGUUUGUGGCUGCAACAUGACAAGGUACACCUUAUGAUCGAACCAUUACUGCCCCCAGUAGCUGUGUCAAACCUAGAGCUGCAUUCCACUAUAUUAUCUGUACGUUUUGGUUGUUUGGAAAAAUGAAAGCAAAAGCACAAUUUCAAAAUAGAAUGCAGCAUUUAUUCACAUACCCGUGUUUGUUUUAAGUCAAAAUGUAGUGAAAUCAUUUUUCAACACUAUAACUUUGGAGUGGAAAUAAGCCUUGAAGUUAAAGCUGUAGAAUAAUGAGGCCCAUAGAAAGUGAACUUUCCAGUUCUCGAGUGGGUUUUGGAAGACCAGGUACAGAGGAGAACCUCAGUAUUCAGAAACUAUUAUCCCAGCCCUCAUAUACAGACUUAAGGUUCCUCCAGGACUGGUUCCAGAACACAUGCUGUGAACCUAAAUGUGUCUCUUAAUCUUCCACUGAACCUCCAGCUUCUUCCCCACUAAUAAUGUGAUGUUCCAUUUCCUUGAACCAAGCGUGGUGACCUGACUGCAUCAAACUGUUGCCCAUCCAGCAGGUGGUGCUAAAACUGGCUGGACCUCUUUGAUAAAACCAACAUGUUUCCCAAGGUCCGUCUCCAUUAAAUCACUGAUCAGCAGAAACAACUCGUAAACCAUGUUGUAAAAUAUGCGAUAUGUUCUCCACCAUGAACUGAUAACCAGAUGAAUAAAUUAAAUGUCCAUCUUUA